AUGUGGUCUUUGCUUCAUAGACCUCUUUCUUUCCUACAGCAAGUACAAAACAGAACAAAUCAAACUAACAUUGCCAGCUUCAUUCUUCUUGGAUUAGUUGAUCAUCAUCCAGAACUUCAGUCUCUUCUCUUCGUGGUUUUCCUAGCAAUCUACAUGAUUACCAUGGCUGGGAAUCUCCUCCUUGUUGUGCUAGUUGUGGCUGAUCUGCAUCUCCACACUCCCAUGUACUUCUUCCUAGGGAACCUGUCCUGCUUGGAGAUCUGCUAUACGUCAACCAUCUUGCCCAGGAUGCUCUUCAGCCUUCUGAUGGGAGAUAAAUCCAUUUCUGUUUGUGGCUGCAUUGUACAAUAUUAUUUCUUUGGUUCCUUAGCAUCUACAGAAUGUUAUCUCCUGGCUAUGAUGUCAUACGAUCGAUAUUUAGCCAUAUGCAAGCCAUUGCACUACACCUCUCUCAUGAAUGGCAAGCUCUGUCUCUGUCUUAUUUGUGGCUCCUGGAUAAGUGGUUUUCUAAGUAACACCAUCAUCACCUCUCUAGCGUGUCAGCUCUCCUUUUGUGGGCCCCAUGAAAUUGAGCAUUUCUUUUGUGAUCUAGCCCCAGUGUUAAAACUUUCUUGCAGCAACACCCACACAGUGAAACUUGUAACUUACAUCCUAGCCUCCAUGGAUACCAUAUCCCCGUUUCUACUUACUGUGAUUUCUUAUAUAUUUAUUAUCAUUAAUAUCCUCCAAAUCCAGUCCAAAGCCAUGAGGCAGAAGGCCUUCUCCACUUGUUCCUCCCAUCUCAUUGUAGUGACAUUUUUCUUUGGAUCUCUGAUCAGUGUAUACAUGGUUCCUGAAACUAACACACUGAAGCAGCUUCAUCAAACUUUCUCUCUCUUUUAUACUGUCCUAACUCCCAUGGUCAAUCCUCUUAUAUACAGUCUGAGAAACAGAGAGGUGAAAGAAGCCCUGUCUAGAAUUGUCAGUAAAGCUAUCAAUUUGGCUCAGUUUCCUUAG